AUGAGUAAAGAUAUUGAAUUGCCAGUUCGACGUCAGAACUGUCGACUGGUUAUACCCGAUAGUGAAGAACAAGAAGCACUUGGUCAUAUUAUCGGCUAUGCUGAAGAACCAAUUGUUCCGCUCGACAAAGCAUGUACACCGUUGAUUCCAAUUAUCUGUAACAUAUUACAUUAUGUUUCCAUUGCUCUGGAGCACACUCCAGAUAAUCCAUCAGAUGGUCUGACUCGCGAUGAAUCAGCUGCAAUUUGUCUCUACACGAUCGAGUGGAAUGACGAUAAGAGAAGUCUUUAUUCCAUUCUCAACGAAACACUUAGAACUGCUGACCUCGAACACUUACGACCUUGGUUCAAAUAUUUGAAACUUUUCCUCACUGUCUUGAUCAAAAUACCAUGUGCAUCUCAGCAGACGGAAACAUGUAAAUAUAUUCAUUAUCAAAUAGAUAAAACUGAUUUUACAUCAUCAUCAAAUAAUAAUAAAACAAAACGUCAUUUACCAAUUGUUGAACGAAUUAGUCCUGGUUCAUUACCACCACAAUGGGUUCAAUGUGAUUUACGUCAAUUUGAUAUGUCAGUACUUGGAAAAUUUUCUGUUAUUAUGGCUGAUCCACCUUGGGAUAUUCAUAUGGAAUUACCAUAUGGAACUAUGGCUGAUGAAGAAAUGAGAAGACUCGCUAUACCAUCAUUACAAGAUGAUGGUUCAACUGCUGGAAUGAAUCGUGGUCUUGAUUCCGAUGUACUUGUUGCUGAAGUACGUGCAACAUCACGUAAACCAGAUGAAAUCUAUGGUAUAAUCGAACGACUAUCACCACGAACACGUAAAGUUGAGUUAUUCGGACGACCACAUAAUGUUCAACCAAAUUGGAUUACACUUGGUAAUCAAUUAGAUGGUGUUCGUUUAAUUGAACCUGAUGUUGUUCGAAGAUUUCGACAAAGAUAUCCAAAUGGAUAUAGUAUAACAACAGCUAAUCAACAACAAGAAAUAAAAACAUCACUAACAAAUCAACAAAUAAAUUCAAAAUAA